ACCCACCUUUAAACACGACCCACCCCCUCCAAAAUCACACGCGCCACUCGAACGCGUAGCGACGACUGUCUCUGAAAGUCUAUUGAAGCAGUGUCCCUGUUUAUCAAAACUAGCGGGCGUCCCGAUCCUUUUCUCUAACCUUCAAAAUUUUUUUCCCUCACUUUCUAAUUUCCGAGAUCAUAUUUUUUAGGGUUUUUAACUUUAUUUUUUUUUAUUUUUUUUUAACUUUUUAAAGGUAGGUGCUUUGUUUUGGAAAUAUGAAAUUUACUGCUCUAAAUGUGUUUCCUGUACUGUAUUAAUGAUUGGGUUAAUUCCUUAAUCUCUGUUAUUCUAAAUUUGGGGUUGAUUUUUCCCUUGAAAUUUGAUUGUGGGUUUGUUUCCACAGGUGUGUUUUUGUGUUGGAGGUGGGGUUUUGGGUCUCUGGUAGUGCAAGGUUUCACUGACGUAGUGGGAUUUUCAAUCAGAUUCUUCUUACUGCCAUCAAUAAUGGAAACUGAAAGUCAAAUUGAGCUUACUAUACAGAACAAUAUGCUUCCUCCACAAGCUGGAACAUUUCAAGAUCGUGAAGAUCUCAUCCAAUAUGUUCGUGAUUUUGGUGCUAGUCAAGGAUAUGUGGUGACCAUCAAAAAGUCAAGGAAAGACAGGAGAGUGAUUUUAGGUUGUGAUAGGGGAGGUGUUUAUCGUAAUAGGCGUAAAAUUGAUGAAAGCAAACGCAAAAGGAAGGCAAAUUCACGCCUUAUAAACUGUCCCUUUGAAGCCAUUGGGAAAAGGGAAGAUGAUUUGUGGGUACUCACAAUAAAGAAUGGGGAGCAUAAUCAUGAAGCAUUAAGGGACAUGUCAGAGCAUCCUUAUAGUCGUCGCUUUACUGAGGAAGAGGUCAGGCAAAUCAAGCAAAUGACCGAAGCUGGUAUAAAACCACGUCAAGUUCUUAAGGCUCUCAAGCAAAUGAAUCCUGAACUGCAGUCAACACCAAGGCAUUUGUAUAACCUCAAAGCAAAGAUCCGUCAAGGAACUCUAUCAGAGAAAAGUUUCAAGACGUGGAGACCUGACAGGUCCGCUUUGGUGAAUACAAGUUCUGCUCCCAGUGGGGGGUCAUUGAUGCAAAGUAACCAGCCGUUGAAGGUUCCUAAUUUCAUAGGAGGAAAAUUCGUUGAUUCACAAGGGUGUUCAAUCAUUGACGUAGUAAAUCCUGCAACACAAGAGAUUGUUUCUCAUGUUCCUUUAACUACCUAUGAAGAGUUCAAAGCUGCAGUUAGUUCAGCCAAGCAAGCUUUUCCUUCAUGGAAGAACACACCUAUUACUAUACGUCAAAGAAUCCUGUUUAAGCUUCAGGAGCUCAUCCGCAGAGAUAUUGAUAAACUUGCUAUGAAUAUCACCUUAGAGCAGGGUAAGACGUUGAAGGGUGCUGAGAGUGAUGUGCUCCGUGGUAUAGAGGUGGUCGAACAUGCUUGUGGGAUGGCAACUCUACAGAUGGGUGAGUUUGUUCCUAAUGCAUCUUAUGGUAUUGAUACAUACAGCAUUAGGGAACCACUUGGUGUUUGUGCCGGGAUAUGCCCCUUCAACUUUUCCUCAAUGAUUCCAUUAUGGAUGUUCCCAGUUGCAGUUACAUGUGGCAAUACAUUUGUUCUUAAGCCAUGUGAAAAAAAUCCAGGAGUUUCGAUGAUACUUGCAGCACUUGCUAAGGAGGCUGGUUUGCCCGAUGGUGUGUUAAAUAUAGUCCAUGGCACUCACGACAUUGUUAAUUAUAUCUGUGAUGAUGAUGAUAUAAAGGCUGUUUCACUUGUUGGCUCGAGUACAGCUGGAAUGCACAUACAUGCAAAGGCAGUUGCUAGGGGAAAGCGUGUUCAGGUAAACAGUAGCUCUUCGUCCCUCACCAACCUAUCCAGAUACUCAACCACAUUUCUUCAAGUUAAAAGUGUGGUUGAGAACCUGAUAUCCACAUAUAUUUGCUUUCUAACGGGACAGAGGUGUAUGGCUCUUAAUACAGCUGUUUUUGUUGGAAACUCAAUAACAUGGGAGCGCGAACUAGUGGAACGUGCCAAAGCCCUGAAAGUCAAUGUGGGAACAGAUCCUAGUGCAGACGUUGGUCCAGUUAUUACCAAAGAGGUGAAGGAUUGCAUAUGCAGAUUAGUCCAGAGCAGUGUCGAAAGCGGUGCUAGACUCGUUCUUGAUGGGAGAAAUGUUAUGGUUCGAGGCUAUGAGAAUGGAAAUUUUAUUGGUCCUACUAUCUUAUGCGAUGUUACAACCAAUAUGGAUUGUUUUAAGGAAGAAAUUUUUGGACCAGUUCUUCUGUGCAUGCAGGCUGCCAGCCUAGAAGAAGCGAUCACAAUUAUAAACAGAAACAGGUGUGGGAAUGGAGCUUCCAUAUUCACAACAUCUGGCAUUGCUGCAAGGAAGUUCCAGAAUGAAGUUGAGGCUGGGCUGGUUGGGAUCAAUGUUCCUGUUCCGGUUCCGUUGCCACUGUCCUCCUUUAACGGAUCUAAGGCAUCUUUUGGCAGCGAUCUGAAUAUCUCUGGUAAGGCAGGAGUGCAAUUUUACACCCAGAUCAAAGCGGUUGCACAACAGUGGAAGGAUUUACCUAGCUUAGAAUCAUCAUUAGCCUUGCGUCCAUCAUAUGAGACAAAUAUGGCAAGCAGAGGUGUCUCUUCUUCUUUGCCUUCAACAUCUGAGAGAGAUUCACCUAGUCAUAGAAUAUCAGGAGCCACAAACUCAGAAUCUGAGAGUGAUUCACCAAGCAAGUUGCCAAGUCGUGGAGCUCCAUUGUCCCUCCCUUCCACAUCUGAGGCAGCUCUUCCAACCCAAGGAGCCUCAUCUAUGUCUCCAACCGCAUAUAGGGAUUUUUCUAGUCGGGGCCUGUCCCUUGUCCUGCCAGCAACAUCCGAGAGAGAUCUGUCCGGUGUGGAUAUGUCACUAGCCAUGCCUCGAGCAACAGAAGGAGAUAUACCAAAACAAGGUUUGACAUUGACAACUUCACAAUCAUCAGAGAGAAUGUAUAUGCCUCAAACUUCUCAUUGGAUGGAAACCUCAAGACCAACAUCUCAAAGGACUGAAAAUAUUUCACCAAGUUCUGAGAGGCAUCUUGCCUCAACAUCUCAGAGGAAUGACAAGAAUGGCAACACGUCACUGUCAUCUCAAAGGACUGGUACUUCUAUGGCAUUGACUUCCGAGAGCGUCUAUGCCCCUGCCUCUCAUGACAAUAUGGCUCCAAUAUCACUCCGAAGUGAUGGUAUGACUGGAACAUCUCACAGGACGGAUCCCACUCUACGUCCAACCUCUGAGAGAGCAUACAUGCUGGGAGUAACUCACCUGAAUGACAAUAUGGGUCAAACAUUUCAAAGGCCCGACACCAUGUUUUCAACAUCUGAGAGGAUGUACAUGCCCGCAAAAUCUCAUCAGCAUGACCAUAUGGGUUCAACAUCUCGGAGAACUGAUAUUCCUAUGCAUUCAACUUCGGAGCGGAUGUUCAUGUCCACAGCAUCUCAAAGGAAUGAGGAGUUGGCUGUUGCUUCUCAACCUGCCUCCGAGAGACUAUAUUUGUCUCCAUUAGUUCCGAGAAAUGCUGGUACGCCUCAGAAGAUGUUUCCCCAAAACUCUCUAAUUUUGAGUGAGGAGUUUCCCUCCCAAGGAGCAUCACUGACUUUACCCACAUCUCAGAGGAUAUAGACAGAACCAAAUGAUAUUUUGUUUUUCAUCUUUUAGGAACUGGUAGAAGAUAAUCUCACAGUAAUGCAAAGUUACUUUUGUUUAUAGCUUUAGCUAAA